AUGUUCACCCCUGUUCAGAGGGACAAACUAUUGGGCAAACGAGGUGCAGGUGACGCGGGUUUGGAAGAUCCUAAUACGAUACGAAAACAGUUGGCUCAAAGUCAAUCUCACCAAACGACCUUGAAGCGUGACAUCUUGACAUUGGAAGCUAGGGAAAGGGAACAAGCUCGGAAGAUUGAAGAACAGAGAGUCAUGAUCGAUAAGUUGAAACGGGAACGAAUGAUUCUGCUGGAGGGAGAAACAGAGGAACGUCAAACGGGUGAGAGUAGAGAGAAAGAGUGGUCAGAGGAAAGACUCACGAUGGCUGGCCAGAUGAAAUUAUUACGGGAGAAAAACGGGGACCUCGCAGAAUCUCUGGAACGACUUCGAUCUGAACAUAAUCACUUAUCUAACAAACACUCGACAUUGGAUAUGCAAUAUCGUUCCCAGAGUACGCUGUACGAAUCUAAAUUGAAAGAUCUACAGGCGGAGUGUGAUUCACUACGACAAUGGGAAAGAAGGGCCAAGGGAUUGUCGAUAGACCUGGAGGAGGAGAAACGUAGGUCGGAACAGAGGAUGCAGCGGACGGAAGAUGCGGCGAGUGAUAGACAGGUAGAUGAAAAGGUCCGAUUGGAAUUAAAACGUGUGUACUCGUCUCUCUUUGACCUGACCACCCUGAAUGAACUGCGACAAAAGAGGAAAGAAGUGGAUGCUUCUGAACGGGCGAGUCGGGAGGUGGAAAGAGCUUUGAGGGACGAGAUCAGAACCCUCAGUGAACAACUGGAGCGGGCCAGGAGAGAUAUGGAAUCCCUCACUCAGACAUAUUCGGAUCCCUCGGGUCCCACCGGGGACAUCGCCACCCUCCAAGGCAGAUUAGCGACCUUAUCCAACUUGCAUAGUCAGGCCACGGCCGAGCUGGCUGGGAAAGACAAGCAAAUACAUUCUCUUCAAUCCCGGUUGUCGGAACUAUCACAAAGCUCUACUGCUUCUAUUGUGGAGCUUAAAAAGCAACUGGAUUCCGCUGAACGCGAACUUCGAUGGGCUAAGGAGGGUCGAGCUCAGGCAGAGAGAAGAGAAGAGUUGGCUAGGAAAGAGACCGUCGCACUUAGUCGGCGAGCGACGGGUGGUGAUAUUCCCUCACCAGGGGAUCACACUGCCAAAGUCAAACAAUUGGAACAAUUAGUGGAGAUGUACAAAGCUGAACUCGAGUCAAUAUCUCGGGAUUCCAGAGAAGUCGAGGAGAGGUUGGCUCAAGGUGCUGGGUUGGUCAAACAAUCUGCUUUGCAAGCUGCUGAAGCGAGAGUUGAGCAAUUAGAAAAGGACAUCGAAUCACUCGAACAUACGAUCUCUCAACUCACAUCAGCCAACACGACCCUAGAUGCAGAAGUGAACGAUCUCAUGCGUCGUGUAGCCUCCGGAGAGUACAACCCGGCAAAAGAACGAUGUAUCGAAUUGAAAGAUAAUCCCGCAUCGAGACAAAUGGCAGUCAGAACUCAAAUGUUGGAGGAUUUACGACAAGAAAACCAAACUCUUUUAGCGCAAUUGUCCACCAUGAAAGGUCCCGCUAUGGAGAUCAAGGAGAAAGAAAAGGUGGAUGGGAAUGUCAAUGGGAUGGUUCCUCGUGCGAGUUAUGAACGGUUAGUCAAGGAAAAAGAAGAAUUGGAAAAGGCACAUGCUAAGAGGUUAUUACGGUUGAAAGAGAUAUUCGGUAGUAAAUCCAAAGAAUUCCUCGAAGCCGUUUAUUCCUUAUUAGGCUGGAGGAUCAAAUUCGACGAAUCCGGAGCUGAUAUACGUCUCACUUCGAUGUACGCCCCAAAGGGGAAAAUGGGUUUAACACUACGGUUCGCUUCGCACGAAGGACAUUUCGGGACUAUGCAAAUGACCGGUGGGAUGGCAAAGGGUUUAGAAGAUGUUAGACAUUUUUGGAUCGUGGAGAGACAGAGUGUACCUGGUUUUCUGGCUCAAGUGACUACGGAGAUGUUUGAGAAGACUACUAUCGGUCGAGCAGCCGGUUACGUCGGAUUAGAAUGA